GGCACCCCAGGAUCCUGGUACUGCUAAAGAAUCAGCAGCUCCUGGUCUGCUUUCGAUGCUCACUGGAUCAGCCCCACAUCCUCCAUCCUCAGAAGGUCCAGGCAAAGGGUUCCUGUCUUUAUUUUCUACACCAGGUUCUGAGGCUGCUAGCAGCCAGACAGGACCUUCACCUCCAGGAUCUUUGCCAGCAUCUUCAGGCUCCAAAGAGCCACCAGGCAAAGGUUUGUUCUCUAUGUUUGGAGGUUCUGCUCCUGAGCCUUCCUCUCAGCCUGGAGGUUCACUGUUGGGGCAAUGUUUGGAGGGAGCUCAUCUCAAACUACUACAUCUCAGACUGGAGGAUCAUUACUUGGUGGUUUAUUUGGAGGCUCUGCAGCUCCGCCUGUGUCUCAGGGUGGUCCUACAAAGACUGGCGGGUCUAUUCCUCAAACUGCAGGAUCACAGACAGGGUCAUCAUUACUUGGAGGCUUAUUUGGUGGAUCCGGUCCUCAGGUCACAGGAUCUCAAACUUCUAUUUUGGGUGGGAUUUUUGGAGGCACCGCACCGUCACCUACUGUGCCUCAAACAAGUUCAACAACUCAAAACAAAAGCUCUCUACUAGGAGGAUUUUAGAUGGAUCGUCUUCCCAAACUGCUACAGCACAAACUGGUGCAUCUUUUCUAGGUGGUAUUUUACCAAGCGUUGGUGCUAAUGAUGCCUCUAAUAAAGGUGUGUUUUCAGUAUUUAGUGGGUCUGCUCAAGCUACAGCACCUACAGAAAUGGACAAAAACAGUUCUGACAGCAAAACAUGUACUGCUGUUGAAACAGGUGUAAUUGAUUCUGCUGCCCAAAGCACGGAGCAGAAGGAAUCACAGCAGCAACCUGAGGGUAAAGGCCCUUGCCCUGAGGUCAAUGCAUCAACAACUGAUGCAAAAGUCACAGAUAAUUUCCCAAGUACUGAACAGUCAGCAUCUUUAACUAAAGAUAGCCAGGCUAAAGAAGUAGAAUCUUGCACACAACCACAACCUGAACUCAAAAUUAGUGCAACUCAAGAUUUAGCAACUCCUAAAGUAGAAGAGGAAAAAGUGGAUCCUUUGACAGUAAGUCCUGCAGUUGAGACACAGCAAAAACCCCAAGAACCAGACAAAUCUUCCAUUGAUUCAGCAGCAGAUGCUGUUACUGGCUUUAUGUCUUCUCUGUUUAAACCUGCAUCUGCUCCUACUGAAGGCUCUCAACCAACCCAACAGCAGAAGAACUUGCCUUUUGGACCAACUCCUGCAGGUCAAACUGGAGCGUCACUGUUGGGAGGACUUUUUGGAGGGUCUAAUACUCAAUCGGCAACUCCCCAAACAGGUGGAUCUUUACUAGGAGGCUUAUUUAAAGGAGCUACUCCACAGUCUGGUCCUCAGACCACAGCACCUGUCAGUGGGGGGUCAAUAUUAGGUGACAUGUUUGGAGGAGGAUCCACUGCCAAACCAUCAGCUGCCUCAAGUGGGGGAUCACUUCUCGGAGGGAUGUUUGGAGGUGCAGGUGCAGGGGCGACUUCACAGCCAGGUGGUUCUCUGCUUGGAGGAAUGUUUAGUGGCCCCACCGGGCAGCCUGCAGGACCACAAGCUGGAGCAUCGUUACUAGGAGGCAUAGGAGGAUCUCUGUUUGGUGGUUUAAGACAACCGGCUAAACCACCUGAACCAGUGCCAGCUAAGCCAAGGUUGGCUACUCCUCCUCCUGCUGCUGCUGCUGCAACUCCUGCUACAGCUGCAACUGAUCAUACUGCUACAGAUGCUGCUACUGCAGAAAAUGUCAGUAUUGCUGCCACUACCACUACUACCAGUACUGGCACCACCGCCAGUAGUGAUGCAACAAUUGCUAGUACUUCUACCACUCUUGCAACAUCUACCACAGCAACUACAAAACCAGGUUCACAGUCUGAAAAUGAAAAUAUCUCACCAGAAGUAACUCUGCCUAUGCAUCAAACAGAAGUAACAAACAGUAGCAGUAAUGGACAGGCAUCUAACGCAUCUUGUGCACAGGUUUCUGGAGCGAUUGAUCCGGUGGAAAGUAAUCGUUUCGGGUCGUCGGGGAACCUGAGCCAGGCUAGCUCGCAGCUAAGCGAGACCGGCCAUGAGAGCACCGGCGGCUCCGAACUGGAAGAGUCUUUCCACUCCUACCAUAGCACCGGCUUACACCCGUCCACCAACGGCCAGCCGCGUCCCACCGGGCCUCCCGCCAACGGACACUCGACUGGCAGCGAGAAGGACGCAGACAUUCAGUCCAACGAACUACUGCAGAGUUUAAAGAGCGACGCAUCAGAGAAAGAAGCACCAAAACUCCCAAGAUUCCAUGAUGGAGGCCAGCCGCUGCCUUUCUCCCCGUCUAGAGUUCGUUGGUUGAAAGCCAUCAACAAAGUGAGAGUUCAGCUUCGGGAGGUAAAAUCUUCUCUUUCAGUCGAUGACUUCUUUUCCCAACACAAAGAUGAAGUAAAUGAACUUUGA